AUGUCAUGCGAAGAUGAAAGGCCUGAGAUGGAUAUUCUCGAUGUGGAACGGACAUGUGAACGGAUUGAGAAGGAAGUUUUCGGAUGGACCGGUGAUUACGAAUACUACGACGAAGAUUGGGAUCAGAUUGUCGUGGUGGGGGCAUCCACGUUUUUAACAGAGCAGCAUAUUGACUUUUUGAACCAAGUAAGAGCCACGGACGACUUUUGCUUGGAAAUCAAGAGGGCCUACCCCCAAUGUCGUUUUUGUGAUCCUCGGGUUUCAUUGGAAUGCUCUGCAGAGUGGAGCCUUACCACCUGUGGAGGCCGUCCUUCCUUGCAAGAAAUACUCCAAGACAACGAAACAUAUCCCCUCUUUGUAACGGAUUUAGAUAUUCACAUGGCUUGUGAUGUUUUAAUCCAAGCAUAUGAAGCCACUGAAGACGACUUCUUCGCAUCAUCUAUCAGAAUCCCCAGCAGUAUUCAGGUAUGCGAGUACCAAAAUCAAAUCAAACAUCUCUGUCCUGGCUUUUGUGAAGGAGGCUGUUUCGACGAGAUCAUAAACCCACCGUCCUGCAAUCCAGAAAUUAAUGAAACUGGAACCCCUUUCGACGAACAAGCCAUAGAAGCCGCAUGUAGCUUCAUGCUGGAAACCUUUUUCCGAAAAGCCGAUGUGGCAGUAAUCAACAAUGUCUCUGUUCAUUGGGAAUACCUACGUGGAAUGGAUGCCCUGAGCCCUGAAGGUUGUGAAGACAUGCACCAACUGUAUGCCCGAUGCCCUUGGUGCAAACAAAGUGAACUGUGUUUCGAUGAAACCAAUCCCUUAUCUUGCGAUGGGCCUACAGGAAGCUUUGGCGAGGAUUCGGAAGCUGACGAGGAAGUGAACAUUGAAGAAGAAUGCCUGCAGCUUUCGCAUGCCAUUGCCGAUCAAUUUAAGCAGAAUGACCUGUAUGAUUUGGCGUCACACCAGGCUCGCCUUACCACCCCCAAAAAUUCAUCGCUCUGUGAUAGGGCGAGAAAGUACUAUCACAAAUGCAUCUGGUGUGACAAGGAUGCUCAAGUUGCCAAGGAAAGUGGCUGCCUGGUGCCUGACGUGGAUAUAUGCAUCAUGGGGGGGAAAGCACCAGAAGGCUAUGUUUCGACGGUAGCAUCCAGUUUGAAUCUUUCCAAACCUACCGGGGAAGACUGUGAUUCGUUUACCGAGUUCUACCAAGCAAAAACGGAAACAACUCGUCCAACGACAAUUCAAGCCUGCUAUGAAGCCUUGUUCAUGGCCAACCUCUGCCCUAUCCAAUUUUGCAUCUCACGGCAGCCAGAUCAUGUAAUCGACAAAAACUACCUUGGUGCAACCACCCAAGCUCAGAAGAGAGCUUUGAUCUGGCUUUCCAGAGUGGCGGCAAUUCUGUCAUUCCUUGGAGCAUCCUACAUUCUAUAUGACACUCUGUCUGAUAAGAAAGCAAGAACAACAACCUACCACCAACUCCUGGUUGGCAUGGCAACAUUUGAUAUUGUGACGGCCUUUGCUUGGAGGUUUGCCACUUUGCCAAUCGAUGCUGACAAAGCGGGACAUGUGGAGGGUGCCAUGGGAAAUGCAGCUACCUGCAAGACCCAGGCAUUCUUUAUCCAGCUGGGGUUCACAUCUGUGUUUUUCAAUGUGUCACUUGCAAUCUACUAUGUGCUGGUGGUUGCCCAGGGCUGGAAGGAGUUCCAACUGCAGAAGAUCCGUCUAUAUCUCCUUUCUGGCCCAGUGGUUGUUGGGUUGGGCCUUGCAUUUGGGGCACUACCAAUUUACCACUGGUUGGAGUAUGGCUGCCAUAUUGAGCCCCUGCCAGAGGGAGAACUGUGGUCUGUACUAGUCUUUGUUGUGUUGCCUUUGGGUCUGUCCAUUCUGGCAAUCACAGCUUCCAUGAUGACAGUAUACUGCACAGUGAGGAAGCAAUCCGCAGCUGCCAAAAAGUGGACCAUGGGAAUCAGCCAAGCCAGCAAGAUGGAACAGGCAGUUUUCUGGCAAUGUCUCUUUUAUGUCAUGGCCUUUUACAUCACGUGGCCCAUCUUGUUCAGCGUAUAUCUUGCAUCCUUGGAUGACAAGGUUAGGAUCUUUGGACUCUCACUGACAGUUGCUUUUGUGGCGCCACUACAAGGGUUCAACAAUUUCUUGGUCUACAUCCGCCCAAAAUUGCGACAAUCCAAAAAGAGGACCACCAGGAGGACGACCAAUAUUUCACAACUGGGAUCCAGUUUGGCCAGACGGGUUUCCAGCCUUCUGUCCAAGCUGUUUGUUGUAGCUCCUGUGGACCACGGGCUAGAUGACGAUGAUCCCUUGAGCAGCAUGGAUCCGUCUGCGGCCUUGCCACUCUAUCGCGAAAGGACCGGAUUCGAUGAGAAUGACAAUCCUUCGAACCCGCAGCAGCAGAUCCCCGCCAUCCCAGAGGAUUCCAAUUGCGAGGACGAUGACUCUGGUGCAAAUAACGACUUUCACGAUGAACCUGCAGACGGUUGCACACUCCUUUGCAUGGCAGACAGCGGUUCACAGGAAAUGGCGAUCCAGGAACAAGCAUCGAAACAAGCAUCGUUCGAUGACAUGUCUUGCUCAUCGGAGUGCCUCCGUCAACAACAGGUCGUUUCAACAACACAGUCGGACGGUCAGGAAGCCAGUCGUGGGGUCAGUGCUGAUGGCUCCACGGACGAGUAUCCUCUCUUUCCCUACUACGAAAAGCGAAAAGACUGGAGUCAAUAUUUGCUUCGUCGAUGA